ACGUGGCAGGAAUUCGCAGUCUGAAAUUCACGAUGGAGCAAACCGAAGUGAUGAAACCAGAAACACUAGACGAUCUGAUCAAAGUGUUGCACGAGAUAUUUUCAAGUGAUCGCAUUAACAUUGAAGAGGUGCAGACUUUAAUGGAAUCCUAUGAAAGUAAACCACAUGAAUGGAUGAAGUACGCGAAAUUCGACCAGUUCAGAUACACCAGGAACCUCGUGGAUGAAGGGAAUGGGAAGUUCAACCUUAUGAUUCUCUGUUGGGGUGAAGGCCAUGGCAGCAGUAUCCAUGACCACACAGACUCUCACUGCUUCAUGAAGUUGCUCCAAGGCCAGCUGAAAGAGACGCUGUACGAGUGGCCAGACCGCAAAUCACACGGCGAGAUGAAGCAGAAAUCCCAAAGGAUCCUGCAGGAGAACCAGUGCGCCUACAUCAACGAUUCCAUCGGCCUGCAUCGGGUGGAGAACGUCAGCCACACGGAAUGCGCCGCCAGCCUGCACCUGUACAGCCCCCCCUUCCAGCACUGCCAGACCUUCGACCAGCGGACGGGGCACAAGAACACCGUCAAGAUGACGUUCUGGAGCAAAUACGGAGAAAGGACUCCAUUUGAAACUACAGUUUCACAGGAAAAUAACUGAGGGAUGGAUCUCAGCACCAACUGGAUACACUAAUAUGGAAAUUCGAGCGAAAUGGAACCGCGAAGAAAAAUAUUGUCAACUAAAACAAAAAACAACACUUUGACAAAUUGAAAAGGACAGUUCAAAAGGAUGCGUCAGUAAUUAGUGCAGCUUUAUCACAGCCCAAUGUAAGCUUGGCAAAUGCUGAUGAAUGCAGGAUGAAAGCGUGAAUGGCGGUAUUAGGUUCAGCGGUGGAAUGAAUCUGCUCUUUGUUUGGUAGGCCGGAGGAAAACCCCUUGCCAAUAACAGCAUUCCUUUGUGUCUGUGACCUGUGUAAUCACACUUUUGUACUGUUACGGGGGAUAAAAGUGUUUGGUGGAAGUGUGUAAUGUUUCACUGGAAACGGGAUGGGCAUCUGGUCACAGCCAUGCACUCUGACAGUACGUAAAAACAAUUAUCCGAAGGCCCUCUGUGAUCAAUAUUGUCCUUUCAUACACAAUUGAGCACUUUUCCUUUGAAAAUGUAUUGAUUUUGUUUUUAAAGCAUAAAUUGUUUUAACAUUUGUCUAAAUUGUAUAGACAUGGCAUUUCUUGUAUGAAUGGCAAUUUAAAAUGGUAAUGUUAAAGCUUUUUAGAUGUACUAUUUUAAAAUGCUAUACUGGUAAUUUAUAUUUACGACAGAUCAUUUUAGGGGGGUGGGGGGUGGUGGCUGUAAAGCUCUGUUAAUUGGUCUUUGUUACUUGAGUGCCACGCCCAGAUUUUUUGUUCAGUAUCUGUAGAGAUGAAGUACAGAUUCAUUAUUACUGCCUCUGGAUAGUUAGGAAUAUUAGGUUAAAAUAAAGAUUACAUAUCUUGAAUGGGUUGUCCAGUAGAACGAGGCACUCAUUCCAUUUCUCAGGAUUUUUGCUAGUAUUUUAAUUGUAGAAAUAUUUUCGAUGCAUGGAAAAGUGCACGAGAAGAAAGAGCAAUCCCAGUUUCCAUGUAUAUCAUGGCAGACAUUGUGAUCAUGAAAUUCCCAGGUUUGUAGACCAUUAAACAUCGCCUCUGUCAAAUGAUGCUGUACUUCUGGUUUAUUUUAAAAUUGACAUGGUCUGCUCUAUAACCAGAGCAGGAAACACGUGAAACAAGCAGGAAACCACUGACCACACCAGUUGCAUGCUGAUUUGCCUGCAUACAAAUGGUGCUUUCUUUGAACAUGUUUCAUGGGAAACUCUUAGGUAGAGCAUUCUAAUGUGCAUUGCCCAGUAUUUUGUUGUUAUCAUUAUAUAUCGCUACAGUAAUAGUCAGUUCUGCAGAUUCUCACACAUUCAUUGUUGCAUUCAGACGCCAAAGAAACAGAGACACCCUUGCACAAGAUGGUUAGACAAUACGCCGCGUAGGAAAUGGCACCAAACAACUGCGACUUUUUGUAACGAGACAUUGUGAUGUUCAAAGGAUUCUACUACGUUCUUUCAGGUUUCUUAAAAUCUCUCAUACUAACUACGAUUAACUUUUUCCUUAAUCCUGUAUAUAUUUUCUUCAUAAUUAACUUGUUACUUGAUUCUGUAUGUGUUCUCUUUAUGUGUUAAACAGGCAUCAAACAGAUACUGCCUCACUUUGAUAAUUAAUGCCCACCAUGUUCUCUCUUCCUGAAUACAGUAUUUGUAAACAUG